AUGAACAAUCUGAGCUCAGGUUUAGGUGCAUUCACAGAAGCAGUUUUUCACGUCAAAAGUCAAACAAAACUCAAUAUUUAUGUUGGCAGUCAUGGACAAUGCAGCACAACAAAGCUCACCAGUAAUUUUUUCCAAGCUGGAAUUAAUGAAAUUGGGCGCUAUCCAUUUAAGUCAUGUACUGGUGGUGGAUCAACAUUUAUCAGUGUAGGUGACAACAUGCAAGACGUCCUUAUUGCUGCUGGUUCCGGGGGUGGUUCAGGACACUAUAAAAAAGAGAACCCCGGCGGUUACGGCGGUUAUAUCGGAGGAAUUGGUCAAGAUCUUGAAUUUUUUAUCCAUUAUGCAGGAGGAGGAACUCAGAAUCAAGGUGGUUCCGGCAGCCAUUAUUCUGAUGAACAAGUUUCUUGUGAUUCUACUCCUGGAUCGUUUUUGCGAGGAGGUAAUGGGACAACUUGUUGGGAUGCUGCCCCAGGAGGUGGAGGAGGUGGUUAUUAUGGUGGUGGUGGUGGCGUUGACGUGGGAGGUGGUGGCGGAGGAAGUAGCUUUGCGAGAAGUGAUCUUACGUCUGUCACUUUUCGUAGUGGUAAUGAAACCUUCAAAUCGCCAUCAGGCAAAAUCGAGACAGGCCACUCAGGUAACGGUCUCAUCAUCAUCCAGCAAAUCCUUAUUUGUUCAGGAAAUAAUAUACAUAUUUACAUGAAAAAUUAUCCAUUCCUAAUUUUUAUUUUGUUUGAUUCAAAUUAA